AUGUAUUCUGACCAAUGUGGCGGUCAAAACCGCAAUAUAAAAGUAGCUUUAUUGUGCAACAAUAUUGUUUCUGAUCCAUCUAAUCCUAUUGAAGUGAUAGAUCAUAAAUUUUUGUUAAGCGGGCACUCAUAUUUGCCUUGCGAUGAGGACUUUGGAUUAGUCAAGAAACAACAGAAAUUUCAUCCGGAUAUAUUCGUACCCAACGAUUGGAAAAAAGUGGUGAGAGAUGCCAAAAAAUCGAAAAAAUUUGAGAUUGUCGAUAUGACAUCAACAGAGUUCUACUCAACAGUUGUCUUGGAGAAAAAUAUUACAAAUAGAAAAAUUUUAGUUGACGGUGUUAAAGUUGAGUGGUUCAAACUCCAGUGGCUAAGGUACUGCAAAACAGAGCCUUUUAAAAUUUUCUACAAAUAUUCAAACAACGAAAUCGUUGCUUUCCAAAAGGUAGAUAUUUCUAAACGAAAUACAAAACAGAUUCUUCAACUAGAACUUCUAUAUCCCAAUGGUAAUGCAGCCAAAAAGAAGGAUUUGUUAGCUUUACUACCUACCAAUGAUUCCUCCAAUACACCAUGA